GCGGUUCGGGAUGUCAAUAAACAGGUUACUUUACAGCGCAAAACAUUCUCGCUUACCAUACGUCUCUAAUGCUGUUAGCGACGAAGCUUAAUGCAAUUAACUUCGUAAUUGAGAGUUCCGAACAGAAUAGAAUCGCUUAUGAAAUUAUCGGCGCCUAGUAUUUUACUAGAUUGAGAAUUCAUUUACUCGCAAAUGCAAAUACGUUGUUGGGCUAUAUACCAAGAAAAUGACGGAUCGGCUUUAUAAGCCAAACCUACGCGCGAUUCUGCGCAAUUUAAACAAUGGACAUCGGAGGAAAAAUACUACCUGACCUACGCGGUUUGCCUCAGCUGGAUUUUCUAAGACAGAUGGCUGAGAGAAAUGUAUCAUCUACAUCUAAAGAACUGCAAGUACGCACACAUGAGGCUUGGCAGCAAUAUCUGAAAUCGUGCACAGUUCCAGUGACAUUAGAAUGGCUCAUUGCACUCGGGUUUCCAAUGCCAAGUUUCCCACAUUACCAACGUUGCUUUACUCAGAAGAACGAAGGAAAUGUCGCCAUGGCCAGGCCGUGGUUUCAAACAGGUCUUCAGUACAACAACAUUUCCGAAUCUGAAACGUUAUCUUCUGAAGAGCAAUCUACCAGCAACAGCGAGCACUUGUUGCGUUUUAAAUCACUCCCACGCUCUACUGCUGCAACAGUACAUGAUUUGCCGGCAGCUGACGGAGCUGUCCCGUUUAUGAAACACAUAAAGCUGAACCAAAGUGAUAAUAAUGCAGCAAACGUUUCUUUAAAAGAUACAAAACAUUCGGUUCAGCAUAGGGGCACUUCAAAGAGGGAGAUACAACCGACACAGUCCGUUUCAGGCGAAGUGUUUUCAUCUGCUAUUUGUUGGCAAGGGGAAGUUCCCCAAUCGCGAGCUGUUGGGUCAAGUUUUACACAAGCUCGCCAGCAUGGACCGAACGCUGAUAAACAUUUUCUUAAUUUUCAUCAACAACGAAGAAGUAGAACUAGAUUUUCGUCAGAACAAUUGUCGAUCUUAGAAAGUGCUUUUAGUUUGGGCCAUUACCCACCAGUGGGCGUGAGAGAAAAGCUAGCUAGUCGCACCGGCUUAACAGAAGCAAGGGUGCAGGUUUGGUUCUCUAACCGUCGGGCAAAGUGGAGGCGCAUGCAGCCGAGUCUAAACCCGAAUGACGAACUGCGGCCCUGAGUGCUGUUGGUCAACAGCUGACACGUCAUUUGUUGUCGGUAGUUUCCGCAGCAGUGCAUUUCCGCGCUUGUGACACCAAGUGAGCGCAUAUCCGGUAUGAUGACAUAACUAAUGCGUGUAUGGCAUAUUACUUGUGCCUGUCCAAAUACAAUCGAUCUAUUUAUCAUGCAAUCUUCCCAACACAGUAUUUAUGAAACGUUACUUCAUCACCUGUACAAGGAAUAUUAUAAAACUCAAACUGAACUGUAUUUGGAUCACAAACAAUAUUUGACGAUAUAAGUUCGAAAGUGCAAUGAUUAAUGCGACAUUUUACAAGUAAAAA